GGCUACACAUGUCUUUGUUUUUUUCUCAAAAAAUAGUUGGAUGGAAACAGAAAGUCCACAAAAUUAGUCAUCAAUAAUGCAAGCGCUGGCCUUUGGUUUGUUGCAGCUAUCAGUGAAGCAUCACUGCACCUCCUCCAGCAGAAGAAACAUGAUUUCUUUAAGCAAAAUCUUGAGUACUACAAAUAAAAAUAGGGUGCUGAAACUGAGGCAGGAGAAAAUUGGAAGGAUGAUCCAGCAGCGAGGAGAGGAUGAGGGAAUGUAUCAUUAGAGAUUAAAAUAUUGAAAAUGCUGAAUUGAGGUGGCUCCAGCUUAAAUGACUAGAGAAAAUUCAUCUGAGUUGUGGGUUUUCCCCGUUGUCUUCUAGGUAUCAGCUGUUGAGGACGUAAGAGGGACUCUGAGAGUGAGACCAGUAAAUGGGAGGGGUUGAGGAGGAGGAGAUUGUGAGAAAAGAAGCAGCCUAGCAGAGGGGACGGACAGAAAACACCAACAAGCGAUCAAAGGCAGUCGUUCGAAAUGGAUUUAAGUUAUCUUCAAGUCCUGGAAAGAGAAAAAGUGCUGGAGGUUCUUCGGAGAGACAAGCAGCUGAGAACAGUUGAAGAGGACCGGAUCAGGAGGAUGAAGUGUGAGCUGCAGGAUCUGAGGAGGAGGGGUGCAAAGAAUUUUGCCCGUCAGUAUGGGGAGCGGACCUGCGCCCGCUGCCAAAGGCCCCUGGGAAAGUUCUGGAACUCAGGCGCUGUGUGCUGCGGCUGCAGCCACCGCAUCUGCAGGAGGUGCCGUGUGGGAGCAGAAAACUGGAAGUGCACCGUGUGCCAUGCUUACAGGGAGGUGAAGAUUAUGUCAGGAGAGUGGUUUCUAGAGGAAAAGGCAAAGAAAUUUCCUCUUGCAAAAGACAAAUAUGAAACGGUUGGGGACAUGCUGUUGAAGAUUUACAGUGGGCUGAGUCACAUUUCCGUCGUGCCUCCCACACCUCCACCCAACAAGGAUUAUCAAUUCAUGGGAAGAUUUGGGGAACUGAAGAAUUCAAAGUCAUUCACCAAAUCAAUGGAAGAUGUUAUGGUUUCAUUCAAGUGCCAAAUUAGAGAGUCCAACUCUCACAAUGAUGUGCGGGUAGACUUUCUGCAAGUCGACAACAGCAGAAAUGGAGGGUUUUUCAAGAGCAGCAACCAAAAGAGCCUUUCUGACACUAACAUCAACAAAUCCAGCAUUCUUUUCAAAGUCCCAAGUCUUCCAAACUUGUUCAAGAAAAGCAAAGACAGUGACAUGGAGGGCUCCUCCACCGGAGCAGAGGAUGAAGCCUCCAUCAGUUCUGAGCAUUCCGGAGGACAAAGAAGCAGCAUCAGCAGCAUCAGCGCAGACUGUGGCCACUUCGACAGCGUCUCUGUAACUGGGGAGCUGGAGUUGGCUAUGGUCUACAACAGCAAUGCUCUUUGCCUGGAGGUGACGGUGGGCGCCUGCAGAAACCUCACUCAUGGAGAUGGCAAGAGGAAGAAGUGCAACCCGUAUGUGAAACUGUACGUGCUGCCAGAUAAGAGCAGCAAACUCAAAACAUCAGUGAAGCGAAACACCACGGAUCCCAUUUAUAAUGAGGUUGUGAAGUAUGAUAUAGAGCGCCACCUGCUGUUUGGAAAGAGACUGCAGGCCUCUGUGUGGCAUUCAGGGACCCUGAAAAGGAGAGUGUUUCUCGGUGAAGUUCUCAUCCCGCUGGAUGGGUGGAGAUAUGAAGACAAAUCCCCUCAGCGCUUUCACUGGUACCCACUUUGUCCAAAGAGUCGAGAUGGAGUUGCUGCAGAGCACAAUGACUGAAGCCAAAGUUAGCUCCAGAAACUCAGACAUUCCAACUCUGGAUGCAAGGAUGGCAGUGAUGUCCCCAUCUGCAUGAAGUGAUCAAGGAUUUCGGUCCAAACUGGGAUCUGGGAGAUUAAAAAUGAUGGUGUCAAAUGAACCAACAGCAAAGACAUGUUUGCCGCUUUAAACAUCCAUACUCUUCUUCAACGCCACGCUUUUCUGUCAAAGUAUUCCUGUGAAUUUAACUGACCUGACGGAUGAAAUCUGAAGGCACACGCCCUUCACAGGCGGCACAAGAAAACAUGCCCACCUCCCAGACUCUUCAGCAUUUCCCCCUCAACAAUGCCGUCUUUCUUGUCUCAGAGGAAGUGUACAGAUCUGAUCUCACUGACCUGGAAUUCUUUUUGUGACACCCAAGUGAAGAACAUUUCAAUAUUUAUGUAUUUAAAAGUUUAAAGAGCCUGCACUUUAUCUGUAUGCAGUAUUUAUUUCCCUACAUUUGCAAAUAAUUUAUGUUUUAUCUGUCAAUGUUUUGUUGUGGAAGUGUUUCUUUGGAAAAUAAAUUAACGUAAUGUA